UGGCUAGCACUGACAGCUUCUGUGAAGUAUCUAGCCAUUUUAGCUAGCUGUGAGGCAAGUGUGUCAGCAUUUUAAGCACUGUAAAUGCCACAAAAACAUAGUUAACUAGCAAUGCAUGAGCGCUUGAUAAGGCAGAAUGUCACCUCUUGAACAGCGGUGUUUGCUCCACUUCAGGAACACGACAGCUGGCUCUAACAACACAUGACUUGUGGAACCACAUCCGGAACCACUGAUGGAACGCUACACGUCAGAAUUGGUGGUGGCAAAGGACGGACCAAUGGGAAGGACGGACCAAUGGGAAGGAUGUUUACCUCGCGUCUCAACAAUGUGUCGUUCCGAUUCAGAUUUUGGCGUUGAUGAGCAUCUGAUUAAUUCUCUACGAUUGAUAAGGAGGAAGCUGAGCUCUGUUCUGGUUGCCUGAGGACACACCUGCUGUAACACUUACCUGUGCUGUGUGAACCUUGGCCUUUGCAUGAACUAAGGGAGUGUGUCACCUGAGGCAGGACAGCGGGAUUCUUCUCCACCUUCAUCCAUUGAUCUACAACACUCACUUCUUGAAGUCCAAGCUAGCCUGACUGCUCUCUCCCUCUCUCUGUAUCUAUUCAUCCAUCCAUCUACAACACUCUCUUCUUGAAGUCCAAGCUAGCCUGACUGCUCUCUCCCUCUCUCUGUAUCUAUUCAUCCAUCCAUCUACAACACUCUCUUCUUGAAGUCCAAGCUAGCCUGACUGCUCUCUCCCUCUCUGUAUCUAUUCAUCCAUCCAUCUACAACACUCUCUUCUUGAAGUCUAAGCCAGCCUGACUGCUCUCUCCCUCUCUCUGUAUCUAUUCACCCAUCCAUCUACAACACUCUCUUCUUGAAGUCCAAGCUAGCCUGACUGCUCUCUCCCGCUCUCUGUAUCUAAUUCACCCAUCCAUCUACAACACUCUCUUCUUGAAAUCCAAGCUAGCCUGACUGCUCUCUCCCGCUCUCUGUAUCUAAUUCACCCAUCCAUCUACAACACUCUCUUCUUGAAGUCCAAGCUAGCCUGACUGCUCUCUCCCUCUCUCUGUAUCUAUUCAUCCAUCCAUCCCUCCUUCAAACUUCUCCAUGCUUCUGCCCAAUUAUGUCCCUCAGUAAGACUUCUGUCUCUCCGUCCCUCCGUGAUCCAUCUCUCUGUCCAUCUGCGCCCCUCCUGACCGCCAGGCUGGAUUUCCUGCAGAUGAAACACUUGAAGAGGAAGAGGAAGAGUAACUACAGCGUUCGUGAGACACAGACACUGAUCCGGGAGAUCCACAAAAGACGAGACGUGCUGUUCUCCCGCCAGCAGAACACCGCCAUCAACGAGCUGAAGAGACGAGCCUGGGAGGAGGUAGCAGGAGGCGUCAACUCACUGGGAGAGGGCGAGCUACGCACAUCUUCAGAGGUGAAGCGGCGUUACCUGGACUGGCGGUCGCUAAUGAAGAGGAAGCAGCUCCAUGCUGAGCUGUCUCUCUCCACAGGGCUGAAGGCAGAGUAUGAUCCGUCCUCCCCUGAACACAACGCCUCACUGGGCUCAAGGGACCAGUCGCUCGACCUCUCUAGCUUUCCCAAGGAGUCCCAGUGCGACUGGCAGGACCUGGCGGACCUUGGAGAGCCCAGCGGACACGCAAUGUCUACAGGGAUUAAGAUGGAGGAGGAGGUCAAUGGAUACAGGCUGGAGGGUGAUAGCGGCGAGGGAGAUGGUGAGGAGGAGGAGGAGGAUGAUGAUGAUGAAGAUUGUUUCCCCUCCCUCCUACCCGACAUGGGAGAGCGCGAUGUACGUAUCCCGGAAGUCUUCUCACACAUUGAUGAGUUUGGAAUGCUCAGCGCCUCAAAGGGGACGGCGACCUCAAUAAAUCGGGACCUCUCAUUGGGCGGAAUGGGCUUUGCUGGGUUAGGACUGGCCAAUCACGAGAGUACGGGACUUCUGGUUGUUUUGGAGAAGCAGCGUGUGGAACUGGAGAAGCAGCGUCUGGCUGUGGAAACGGAGCGGCUUGUGGUGGAGAGAGAGAGACUCCUACUGGAUAAGGAGAGACUGAGUCAGUCGGAGGUGGAGAGGGAGAGAUUGCAGCUGGAGAGAGAAAGAUUGCAGCUAGAGAAAGAGAGACUUAGGCUGUUGCUCAUGAACCAAUCAGAACGGGCUGCUGCUCCCCCCCAGCAAGGCCCUCCCUCCUCCUCCACUCCUACCACAUCCUCUUCCUCUGCUGUGGAUGGACAGAAUGAGAGAAAUGAGAAUAAACCCUGGCUUUCUAUGAUAGAUCUGGAGGGUGAGAGACUGAGCCUGGAGAAGGAGCGACUGCAGUUAGAGAAAGAGAGGCUGCAGUUCUUUAAGUUUGAGUCUGGACGACUGCAGAUAGAGCGGGAGAGACUGGAGGUGGAGAGAAUGCAGCUUCACCAGGACCAGGGUCAUUGAGAGAGGGAGGAUAGGAUUGCAUCAAAUAACAUUUUGUCACAUGCUUCGUAAACAACAGGUGUGGACUAACAGUGAAAUGCUUAUGGGUCGUUCCCAAUAAUGUAGAGAGGAAAUCGAGAAAUAAUUGAAAGAUGAUGAUGAUGAUGAUAAUAAUAGAUACAUAAUUAGAAAUGAAAAGCUUUGUUAUAUACAUGGGGUACCAGUACCCAUUUGAUGUGUAGGGGUACAAGGUAAUUGAGGUACAUACAGUGGCAAGAAAAAGUAUGUGAACCCUUUGGAAUUACCUGAAUCUCUGCAUAAAUUAGACAUACAAUUUGAUCUGAUCUUCAUCUACAGUAAGUCACAACAAUAGACAGUCUGCUUAAACUAAUAUACAAAUGAUUGUAUUUGUCUUGUCUUUAUUGAAUAGAUCAUUUAAACAUUCAGUGUAGGUUGGAAAAAGUAUGUGAACCUCUAGACUAAUGACUUCUCCAAAAGCUCAGGAGUCAACUAACCUGGAGUUGAAUCAAUGAGACGAGAUUGGAGAUGUUGGUUAGAGCUGCCCUGCCCCAUAAACACUCACAACAUUAGUUUGCUAUUCACAAGAAGCAUUGCCUGAUGUGAACCAUGCCUCGAACAAAAGAGAUCUCAGAAUACCUAAGAUUAAGAAUUGUUGCCUUGCAUGAAGCUGGAAAGGGUUACAAAAGUAUCUCUAAAAGUCAGUCCACGGUAAGACUACUCUCCCUAGGAGUGUCUGUCCUGCAAAGAUGACUGCAAGAGUACAGCGCAGAAUGCUCAAUGAGGUUAAGGAGAAUCAUGGAGUGUUAGCUAAGACUUACAGAAAUCUCUGGAAGAUGCUAACGUCUCUGAUGGGUCUACGAUACGUAAAACACUAAACAAGAAUGGUGUUCAUGGGAGGACACCACGGAAGAAGCCACUGCUGUUAAAAAAAAACAUUGCUGCACGUCUGAAUUUUGCAAAAGUGCACCUGGAUGUUCCACAGUGCUACUGGCAAGAUAUUCUGUGGACAGAUGAAACUACAGUUGAGCUGUUUGGAAGGAACACACAACAUUAUGUGUGGAGAAAAAAGGCACAGCACACAAACAUCAAAACCUCAUCCCAACUGUAAAGUAUGGUGGAGGGAACAUCAUGGUUUGGGGCUGCUUUGCUGCCUCAGGGCCUGGACAGCUUGCUAUCAUCGAUGGAAAAAUUAAUUCCCAAGUUUAUCAAGACAUUUGAUGCAGGAGAAUGUAAGGCGAAUCUGUCCACCAAUUGAAGCUCAAUAGAAGUUAGGUGAUGCAACAGGACAACGACCCAAAACACAGAAGUAAAUCAACAACAGAAUGGCUUCAACAGAAGAAAAUACACCUUCUGGAGUGGCCCAGUCAGAGUCCUGACCACAACCCGAUUUGAGAUACUGUGGCAUGACCUCGAGAGCGGUUCACACCAAACAUCCCAAGAAUAUUGCUGAUAUGAAACAGUUUUGUGAAGAGGAAUGGUCCAAAAUUCCUCCUGACCGUUGUGCAGGUCUGAUCCGCCACUACAGAAAACGUUUGGUUGAGGUUAUUGCUGCCAAAGGAGGGUCAGUCAGUUAUUAAAUCCAAGGGUUCACAUACUUUUCCCACCCUGCACUGUGAAUGUUUACACGGUGUGUUCAAUAAAGACAUGAACAAUUAUAAUUGUUUGUGUGUUUAUGAGUUCAAGCAAACUGUUUGUGUCUAUUGUUGUGACUUCGAUGAAGAUCAGAUCACAUUUUAUGACCCAUUUAUGCAGAAAUCCAGGUGAUUCUAAAGGGUUCACUUACUUUUUCUUCCCCCUGUAUGUACAUAUAGGAAUAACGUGGUAAUGAACGGUAGCAGCAGCGUGUGUGAUGAGCAUUAAGGGAUAUCUACGAGAGAAGUGCCUGGAAGAAGGGUCAAAGGAGAGGGGAGCAGUGUAGACAGGCCAGGUGUGAGCCUCUAUGAGCAGUCACCUCCAUGGUCCACCUCUCCUGUCUGUCUCGGACCGCUCCAAUAGCUUGUUACUGUUCAGCUUGAUACACAAUAGCUGAAUAGCUCAACCAAUCAGACAGUACAACCAUCAAACUGACCUUAGAUCAACAGGGCGUCUUCAUCCUACUCCAGGUGGUUGGCAAAAGGACGUUGUCCAGUUUUUAUUUCCUGUAGAGGCGGGAUCAAGAUUCAAACUACCAAUCACAUUUAAAACAUCUCCCUGCCAAUCAUUCUGUUAUGCUUGUGGACUUUGUUGCGUUAAAAUAUGGAUUAUUUCAAUUCAACGGAGAUGUUAAUUGAACACAUAUAAUCUGUCUACCACAGGAGGUUGGUGACACCUUAAUUGGGUAGGACAGGCUUAUGGUAAUGGCUGGAGCUGAAUAGUGUCAAAUACACCAAUCACGUGGUUUCCAUGUGUAGCAUUCACUCCGUUCCAGAUGUUAUUGUGAACAGUCCUCCCCUCAGCAGCCUCCACUGGUGUCUACAAUGUGUGUUUGUUUCAAGUGAGUGGUUGUGUACUGGGAGAAACUGUUGUUUUGUGUAGCUCAGUACUAACGUCCAUGUACUGCGCAGAAAGUGGACAUAAUGUAGAGUAGCUGUAAACUCAAAGUACAGAAUGCUCUACAGUAUACUACUGUAUGUGACUCAAACCAAUGUCAUGUAAGGCUUUACAGAGAUUUUACUUUAAUUUUACCAAACCUUUUGUAUUUUUUAAUGGUGCUAUUUUGAUUGUGUGUUUGUGGUUUAGUACUACGGUGAAAUGUUCUAUAUUAGCUCAGUCAUCCAAGGAAAGAGUUGAAUAUCUCUGCAGCUUCAGUCUAUUUUAAGAGAUGAGAAAAGGAUAAUGUUGCCUAUAUGCUUUCUGCAUCGCCUUUAAGACUCACAAUAAAGGAUAUAAAUGAAUAGUGUUAUUUAUUUUUAAUUCGGCCUGUUUUUAUGAAUACAUCUGGUGUGAACCCACAUUCACACUUAAAUCAGCUGAUACACCUCCAUCUCUCACAAACACAGCAGGCAGUUCAACUCACAAAGACUAGGGGGUUUCUGCUUUGAGAUGUUCUGUUGUCUGUUUCUGCAAGGAAAGACGAUAUGAAAGGAUGUGCUUCAGCUGCUGACUGGUUUAGGCCGUCUACGUUCAAUUCUGUUUUAUAAAAUGGUCCUUUUUCACUGGUGAAACGUGUCUACAAUAAAUGAACAAUGAAAUGUG